CAAUAUACCUGUAUUCAUUCUGGCCAGAUCUUAGAGAUUUCAUGAUGUUGCCACAUCAUUCUGAUCACGCGCCAUGUUGCGGAAUUUCAUGGCACUUUUUCGUAGGUACUAUAUACUGAACUGUCUCACCAAUGGAAUGAGAAUGACAGCGCCCUCUCGACAAUAAUCAUGUACAAUCAUCAGCAAACUGUAUCGAAAUGAAUAUUAUAGUUGAGUUGGGAGCCCGUACAUUAAAAAGUACCCAGAUGCACAGCAGUUUGGUAUACGAAAUCUUAAUUAAAGAAGUUAUUCGACGAGUAGAAAAAUAAACAUUACAAUUUAGAAGCACCUUUACAUUAGGUACACUAAUUAAAAUAGUAGGUACUUAUACACCUACUUCGAGUAAACCCUUCAGAAGCAAACAACUUCCGUAUUCCACACUAUGUCGACCAAACAAUCGGACAGUUUUACUCAAAACCGAUUUUUCUGGACAAUCUUCGGAUUAUGGCCCGGGAAAAUACCUAACAAAUAUUACAAAUACUUCUCAUUUACCUAUCUAAUGAUCAUCUUCGUCGCUUACGAAGCCCUUUUAACAUUAAACCUCUUUUACACGCCGCUAAGAAUUGACUCACUUAUUCGAGAAAUCAUUUUCUUCUUCACGGAAAUCGCAACUGGAACCAAAGCGUGCAUGGUGAUUUUUAAGAGGGAAAAAAUUUCUGUCUUAUUUGAUAUGCUCGAUUGUGAAGAAUUUAAAGGAAGCGAUGCCACUGGCAGAGAGAUUGUUAGAAAGUACCACCAGUAUUAUAAAUCAUACUUGAAGACUUUUACUAUUCUAUGCAAUUUCACAUAUUUCGCUCAAGUGCUUUUUCCUGUAUUCGGAUAUUGGAUUUUUGGAAACAAUUUGGAACUGCCGAUAUGCAAGUAUUAUUUUCUUUCUGACGAAACUAGAAAUCAAUAUUUUACCUUGAUUUAUAUAUAUGAAUCAUAUGGUAUGUACAAUCAUAUGAUGUACAACGUGAAUAAUGAUAGUUUGAUAGCUGGUUACAUGGCAUUAGCCAUAGGCCAAGUUAAGGUGCUUCAACAUGAUUUGGAAAAUUUGAAAGUAGAUAAGUCUGACGAUGGCAGCGAAAAAAUGAGGGACCUAAAACAGCAGCAGAAAUUGCGUAAAAUUCUUCAUCACUACGGAUUGCUUAUAGAGUAUGUCAACCAGUUUCAGAACGUGAUCGGCGGGGCUAUGUUCGUUCAGUUCGGGAUCGGCUCCGCCAUAAUCUGCGCCUCGAUGUUAACAUUGCUUCUGCCUGCAACAGUGGAAUCCUACAUGUUCACGGUGGCUUACUUCAUGGCGCUCAACCUGGAAGUAUUCACCCCGGCUUGGCUAGGCACUCAGCUCACAUACGAGAGUCACGAUUUAAUGACAGCAGCAUAUAGCGGCGAAUGGUUGCCGCGCUCGGAGCGCUACAAGAGAUCUCUCAAGCUCUUCGUGGAGCGCGCGAAGCAACCCAUCAUCAUUACUGGGCUUGAGUUGUUCCCGCUGUCACUGCCCACAUACAUAUCGAUAAUGAAAACUGCUUAUUCCUGCUUCGCAUUGAUUCGAAUUUUCCACAACCGACAAGAGUAAGCGACAAGAACCUAAACAGUGGCGUAGCUAGGCGAGGGGGAAGGGGGCCCACGACCACGGAUUCGCACUUAAAGGGGCUUCGCGGACACAAACCCUUUUUUCUUGGGAAUAUACAUUGAAAGAAAAGGCCCUCGCAGAUGCGACUUCGUCCACGGCUAGAUUAGUUACAUAUCGCGCAUUGGAUUACUCUGUAAAGUGGUAUUGUAUAGUUGAUUAUUAAAUAAAUUAAAUAAAAAUAGUUCACGCUACGCCAACCUGGAAUAUUCAGGGCAAUAUAUUUUAUGUUAAUACACACAGACAUACCUAGGCACUCAUCAAUUGUCCUUAGUGGAGAAAAAUAAAUCAGAUCAUUGUUUA